GUGAGCGCGCGCACACCCUGUCGCGCGUACACUCACCUCAGUGCGCUCGUGCGUAGGCUAUGUGAUGCUGGGGAUGAGAUGAAAGUUUUCUUCAGAUCAGCUGAACUCCUGCAGUGAACAACACACAGACAGAAAGUAUUCAUCGUUUUCCUCGGACAGAUAUCUAGGGGUUUAAAUGAGGAUUUCCGUUGCUCUCGCGGCUUUACUGCACUUCACUUCUCACGUGGGUGCCAUUCCUCCAGAAUGUGAUCCAGAUUUUGUGUUGCUCAAAGAGGAGGAGAGCUGCUACAAUAUCAUCCAUCAAGAGAACCUGACAGAGAUCACUUCCACACUCACAGGUUGCAGUGUAUUAUGGGACCAUCUGAACUGUUGGCCUGCUGCUCAGGUGGGAGAGACCAUAUCCCUGCCGUGCCCUAAAUUCCUUAGGGUCAAAGCUGUUGUAAUGAGAAACUGUUCUGAGAGCGGCUGGUCAGAAACAUUUCCUCCGUAUGAACUGGCCUGUGGCCAUACACUCAACGACAGCUUUCAUUCUCACAGCGACUUGGUGUUCAUCUCACACGAGUAUUUCUUUUAUGUGAGGAUCAUGUAUUCUGUUGGAUACACCAUCUCUCUUGUGUCACUCAGCAUUGCUCUCACAGUGCUCUGUGUGUUCAGGAAGCUGCACUGUACGCGUAAUUUUAUUCAUAUGCAACUUUUUACAUCCUUCAUCCUACGAGCCAUCUUUAUCUUCAUCCGAGAUGCUGCACUGCAUUACUCACAGGAAUAUUACCACUGCAACUACCAUCCGCCUGGUUGCAAAGUUGCACUGUUCCUGUCUAACUACUGCAUCCUGGCAAAUUACAGCUGGUUGCUGGUGGAAGGUCAUUAUCUUCAUAGCCUCAUUAACCUCUCUGUACAUUCACAGAAGAGACGUCUUCACUUAUAUACACUGCUUGGCUGGGGGAUUCCAAUGCUCAUUAUUAUCAGCUGGAGUUUGGCCAAAUACAUGCAUCAGGAUGAAGGGUGUUGGGAGACAAGAGAUCAUGGAUGGAUAUGGUGGAUACUUAGAGUUCCAGUCAUCAUUUUUAUUACAGUAAACAUGCUGUUUUUCCUCAGUAUUAUUUGGACAUUAGUGGGGAAAUUGAAGGCUGCAGACAUGCAUGGAAAUGAGUUGAAUCAUCACAGGAAGCUGGCGAAAUCUACAUUCCUGCUGGUGUCACUGUUUGGCCUGCAGUAUGUCCUCUUCGCCUUUUUUCCAGAUAGAGUAAACGUCCUAACCUUUAAAAUCUGGAAUGUUAUUGAGCUUGCACUGGCAUCCACACAGGGCUUUAUUGUGGCACUGCUGUACUGUUUUUUGAAUAAAGAGGUCCGGUAUGAAGUUCAAAGACGAUGGAGAAGGUGGCGCCUGAAGCAACAUUUCCAUGGUGAUCCCAGAGGGCAUCACAGCUCUGUGAGUCAGAGUGGCGUGCCACUGACACAGGUGUCCCUGCUGACACGCCCAAACACACAGACAACAUAACCACAACCAACACAAAACAUAACCAAACAUCAAUCAAAACAACCCGACCACAAGCAACACACAGUCAACACAAAACCUAACCACAACCAACAACCAGUCAACACAGCCUAACCAUGACCGAAACACAACCUAACUAUAACCAGUAUACAGCCUAACUACAACCAACACACAAGCAUAACCACAACCAACACACAAACCUAAACACAACCAACAAAUAACCAAACAAUUACCAACACAAAACCUAACCACAACCAACACACAGUCAACACAGCCUAACCAUGACCGAAACAUAGCCUAACCAUGACCUAAACACAACCUAAUUAUAACCAAUAUACAGCCUAACUACAACCAACACACAGUCAACACACAAGCAUAACCACAACCAACACACAAACCUAAACACAACCAACAAAUAACCAACACAAAACCUAACCACAACCAACACACAGUCAACACAGCCUAACCAUGACCGAAACAUAGCCUAACCAUGACCUAAACACAACCUAAUUAUAACCAAUAUACAGGCUAACUACAACCAACACAUAGUCAACACACAAACAUAACCACAACCAACACACAACCAAACAAGAACCAACACACAAGCUAACCACAACCAACACACAGUCAACACAGCCUAAACAUGACCAAAACACAACAUAACUAUAACCAGUAUACAGCCUAACUACAACCAACACACAAGCUAACCACAACCAGCACACAAGCUAACCACAACCAGCACCUCCUAAUCACAACCAACACACAGUCAACACAAAACCUUAACCACAACCAACACAUAAUCAAAGAACAACUAACACACAACCUAACCACAAGCAACACAUACCAAACAACAACCCAACCAACACACAUUUAACACACAGCCUAACCACGACAACACAUAACCAAAGAACAACUAACAACCUAACCACAAGCAACACAUACCAAACAACAGCCAAAACAACCCAACCACCACCAACAACACAUAUUCAACACAAAACCUAACCACAACUAACACAUAGCCAAAGAACAACUAACACAAAACCUAACCACAACCAACACAUACCAAACAACCCAACCACCACCAACAC